AUGUUGUUAAGAAAAGACUCAAACGGUGAUGCAAGCCACAGCUUCUCCGGACCUUCAGGCACAACACAAUCUCACAAUGUCGCGUGGAUAGGACUAGGUACCAUGGGCCUUGGGAUGGCCUCACAUUUAGUUAAGAAGGGAUUCAAUGUCACAGGUUACGAUAUCUAUGAGCCUAGUUUGGCGAAGUUCCGUGAAAAUGGAGGAAGAACCGCGACGUCUCCUUUAGAAGCUGCGAGGAAUGCAGAGUUUCUGGUGUGUAUGGUUGCAAGUUCAGCGCAGGCACAACAUGUACUUUUUGAUAAAGAUACAGGUGCUGUUCAAGGCCUUCCAAUCAAUGCUACAGUCAUCAUGUGCUCGACUGUACCAGCUUCAUAUCUUGACGAAAUUCAAGAGUCACUGAAAUCAAGAGACCGAAACGAUAUUUUUCUGGUUGACAGUCCGGUGUCUGGUGGUACCGCCCGAGCAUCAGAGGGAACUCUGACUAUCAUGUCUUCUGGGAGUGAAGCUGCUCUUGAAAAAGGCAAAACACUGCAAUCAGCUUUAGCCGAGCGUUUGAUUGUAGUCCCAGGAGGUAUUGGAUCGGCUUCAAAAGUCAAAAUGGUCAAUCAGUUGCUUGCUGGUACUCACAUCGCUGCGGCUGCUGAGGCGAUGGGUCUUGCAGCUACCAUGGGUUUGAACACUCAACAAGUUUUCGACAUUAUUACUGGUGCCGCCGGUAACAGCUGGAUGUUCGAAAACAGAGUGCCUCACAUGUUGAAAAAUGACUGGACACGACUUUCAGCUGUUGACAUAUUUGUGAAAGACAUGGGAAUCGUCACAUCAUCUGCACGUGCCCUCGAGUUUCCUUUACCAAUCGCUUCCUCAGCUGAACAGCUUUUCAUAUCUGCUUCAAAGCAAGGAUAUGGCCGAGACGAUGAUUCCAGCGUAGUUCGUCUAUACAUUCCCACUUCUCCAGCCGCUGUAUCAGAAAAUGCCAGACCAGCCGACAAACUGAGUAGCUCAUCAAAGUCCUGGACCGCAAAUGAUAUUAAGAAGAUUGGAUUUGUAGGACUUGGAGCCAUGGGCAUUGGCAUGGCGAAGACACUAACGAAGGCUGGAUACCAAGUACAGGGUUACGAUGUGUAUCCACCAUCCGUUGAGAAGUUCGUUGCUGCUAGCGAAAGUGCUACUGCCGCAACAUCGCCCUCAGAAGCCGCUUCAGGGGCACAGGCUCUGAUUCUUAUGGUGCAGAAUGCCAAACAGGCACACGAUGUGCUUUUUGGGUCUGGAAAAGCUGCUGAGGCGUUACCUCAUGGGUCUGUCGUCAUCUUGAACUCGACCGUUCCACCAUCUGCUGCACGUGAGAUCAGAGAGAGAUUGGUGGCCGUUGGCAAAGAUCUCGACUUGGUUGAUGCUCCUGUUAGCGGAGGAGUGGCAAGAGCUGCUUCGGGACAACUGACUAUCAUGUCUUCCGCUGAUGAACUUGCUAUUUCAAAAGCCAAUGUCGUCCUUAGUGCAAUGAGCGGCGAGCCGAAGAAUCUGCAUUACAUUGCUGGUGGUGCAGGUGCUGCUUCGUCAGUGAAACUCAUCAACCAACUUCUUGCCGGAGUUCAUAUUGCCGCGGCCGCGGAAGCUAUGGCUUUUGGUGCGAAGUUAGGUCUGGACACGCGCAGUCUGUACAAUACCAUCAAGAACGCCGCUGGAGGUAGCUGGAUGUUUGAGAAUCGUGUUCCUGCCAUGUUGGAUGCGGACUGGACUCCUCACUCUAUGCUUGCAAUUUUUGUCAAAGACUUGGGUAUUGUUUUGGACGAGUCAAAACGGCUGCUAUAUGCUGCUCCACUAAGUUCAACAGCCCACACAUUAUACCUCCAAGGUGCCUCUCACGGUCUAUCAAGAGAGGCUGAUGGUGGUGUUGUUCGAGUCUGGGAGUUUCUCACCGGUGUAUCGGUCGCUAAAAGUGCUUCUGCCCGAGUAGAAAAGAAAUUUGUUCCAAGAGAAUACCAAAAAUUGAGCGUCGCCGAAACGACCAAUGCUCUUCCAGCUCCAUACGAAGGCAAUCCCCUCGAGAUGAUUAACAGCAGGAUUUCAGAGCCAAAUACACCCAUCUUAGUUGUAUUAGAUGAUGAUCCAACCGGAACUCAGACCUGUCAUGAUAUUUCCGUCUUGACGGUAUGGAGCCACGACACAUUGUGCCAGGAAUUUCGAGCCACAGAAAAAGGAUUCUUCAUCCUGACAAACUCACGCGCUCUCCCAACAUCAGAAGCGAGAUCAUUGAUUACAACUAUUUGCCAGAAUGUGGAGAAAGCCGCGAAGGAGACGGGCAAAGGAUUCGAGAUUGUCUUACGUGGUGAUUCAACUCUCAGAGGACACUUCCCUGACGAACCAGAAGUGAUUGAAGAAGUCCUCGGAAAAACAGACGGCUGGAUUCUAGCACCAUUCUUCUUUCAAGGCGGUCGCUACACGAUUGAUGACGUUCACUACGUGGCCGAGGGUGAUGUCCUGGUUCCUGCUAGCCAAACCCCAUUCGCAGAAGAUGCGACAUUCGGUUAUAAGUCCUCCAACUUAAGAGACUACGUGUUCGAAAAGACAGGAUCAAAGUUCAAAGAUGAACAAAUCCUCUCCAUCACCAUCGAAGAUAUCCGUCUAGGUGGACCCGAAAAGGUCGCUUCCAAACUCAUCAACGGCCCUCGUGGCGGUGUCGUGAUUGCAAAUGCAGCCGCCGAAUCUGAUAUGUACGUCUUUGCUGCCGGAGUCCUCUCUGCUGCUCAACAAGGCCGAAAAUACCUCUACCGAACCGGUGCAGCAUUCGUAUCCUCCCGUCUUGGCAUUCGUGGAAUUUCUCCUCUUUCAGCGGAGGAUCUCAAGAUGGACAACAGUCCCAACUCAGCGGGUGGACUCAUCGUUGCUGGAUCUUAUGUUCCAAAGACGACUGCACAGCUUGCUUCUUUGCGAUCUCGACGCGGAUCAAAGUUGCAUGUCAUUGAAUUAGACGUCUCAUCUAUGAUUCAGUCUAAGGAGCAAGCGGACGCUGCAAUCUCUUCCGCGACAUCUACCGCAAGUUCUCAAAUAACUUCAGGCCACGAUGUCCUCGUCAUGACAUCUCGCAAACUUAUCACUGGUCACGACGCAAACUCCAGUCUGAGCAUCGGCACACUAGUCGCCGCAGCUCUCGUCAAAGUCGUCCGCAACAUCGAAGUCCGCCCACGCUAUGUCAUUGCAAAAGGCGGCAUCACCUCCAGCGACGCCGCCACCAAAGGCCUCGAAAUCAAGCGUGCGAUGAUAGUUGGACAAGCCGCACCAGGUGUACCGCUAUGGCGAUGCGACGAGGAAACCAGUCGACAUACUGGCGUUCCAUACGUUGUGUUCCCAGGCAAUGUAGGUGGAGAAGAUACACUUGCGGAACUUGUAGAACGAUGGGCUAAGCCUGAAUGA